AUGCCACUUCCUGAACACCCUCUAACAGUUCGUGGUGGUUGCAACUGCCGAGCUGUUCGCUACAAAAUCCAAAUUCCAUCUCUCGGUGACAGACCUUUCCACCCCUACUCGGACAAGAUCAAAUCAGGAGAAAAUGUCCAUUUACCCAUGAUUGCCAUCGACCAUUGCAACGACUGUCGCCGUGCCACGGGUGCCGUACUCCCGCUUUGGCUUUGCUCACCAAUCAAUUACAUUACAUCCUCACUCCUUCGUCGAUCUGCGGCGUCUCAGUCCCCAACAACCACCAGUGGUUGCACGGACUCACGGGACAACGCUGAUGGCGAUAGCGACGAGGAGCAUCGUAGAGGACCUUGGCUAUCUGCCGAAGAAAUAUUUCGACCAGGAUUAUCAGGUGAUGAUUCGUUCUUGACAGCUUUCGUAUCCUCCGACGCUCGCACGAGAUACUUUUGUGGUCGUUGUGGGACAAAUAUCGGAUAUCGUAUUAGUCCUAUGCCGGAGGGGUGGCCCGAAAUGCUCGAUGUGAUGAUGGGAACUAUCGAUAAGAAAGAUCUAGAUUCGGAUGCUAUGAUUCCUGAGAGGGCGGUUUGGGUGGAUCACAGUAUUGGCUGGGUGAAGAAAUUGGCAAGAGAGGGUCUGGGGAACAUCCCACAACACCCGCUCACUAAUGUAAGUAUACAGGCGCAGGAAUAA